GCAUAGUCCAUGAUAUGUUGUUGAAGUGUCGGUUGGUCUCGUUGGUGUCUCACUGUAGAAGUUGUAUUUUACAGUUUUCUCUUUUUUCUCAAGCUGAGCUCUAAAAGGAGGAUAGUGUGACUGUCGGAGAGGAGAGCUGAGCCGCUGGAGCGAACGUAACUGCAGGGCUGUUUAAACUGAGCUGUAUAAGGUGUGUCAGCUACCAGGCAGGUACCUGCGGCCUGGAUCCCAACUCACCUGGAUACCCCCUGGACCUCUGGGAUAGAGAAGUACUUCUAAAAUUGGGAGAGAUUUAAUGUGAAAAUAGUAUCGAGAAGAAGCUCUGGUGCUCAGCAAACGCCAUCUGAUCCUCUCCAGACUAACAUCUCACAGGAAAAAUGCAGAAAAAUUCCAGCAAAGAGAGGAAUCACCACUGCUCGGAGUGUGGAAAGAGUUUUAUCGACAGAAGUCAUCUCCAAAGACACCAGCGCGUUCACACAGGAGAGAAGCCGUAUCACUGCUUAGAGUGUGGGAGGAGUUUUACUGCGCAGAGUAAUCUCCAAAGACACCAGCGCAUUCACACGGGGGAGAAACCGUAUCAGUGUUUAGAGUGCGGGAAGUUUUUUACUCUACAGAGUCAUCUCCAAAGACACUUGCACAUCCAUACAGGAGAGAAGCCGUUUCAAUGCUUAGAAUGUGGGAAAUGCUUUACUAUACAGAGUCAUCUUCAAAGACACCAACACAUUCAUACAGGAGAGAAACCGUAUCAGUGUUUGGUGUGUGGCAAAAGUUUUACUGUGCCGAGUCAUCUCAAAAGACACCAGCACGUUCACACAGGAGAGAAGCCGUAUCAGUGCUUAGAGUGUGGGAAAUGCUUUACUGUACAAAGUAAUCUCCAAACACACCAGCGCAUCCACACGGGAGUGAAACCAUAUAACUGUUCAGAGUGCGGAAGAAAUUUUAAUCAGAAGUGUCAUCUCCAAGUGCACCAGCGCAUCCACACGGGACAGAAGCCGUAUCAGUGCUUAGUGUGUGGGAAAUGUUUUACUGCACAGAGUAGUUUCCAAGUGCACCAGCGCAUUCACACAGGAGAGAGACCCUACCAAUGUUCAGAGUGUGGAAAGAGCUUCACUGCACAGACUUAUCUCCAAACACACCAGCGCAUUCACACAGGAGAGAAGCCGUAUUACUGUUCAGAGUGUGGGAGGAGUUUUAAUCAGAAAAGUGUUCUCCAAGGGCACCAGCGCAUUCACACAGGGGAAAAACCUUAUUACUGUUCAGACUGUGGAACGAGUUUCACUCUGCAGAGCAGUCUCCAAAAACACGAGCGCGUUCACACAGGAGAGAAACCGUAUCAGUGCUCUGAGUGUGGGAAGAGCUUUUCACACAGUGGUUCCCUCAAAAAACACCAGCGUGUUCACACAGGUAAAAAAACUGAAGAGGCAUAGACAGAGUCAAACAGCAGUAGAGGUUAAUGGCAUUGUUUUCGUGUGGACCAUCAAUAAUUUGAAAGAUUUUAAAACCCUGCCAACCAUGUUCUGUUUUGGAUACAUCUGACAAUGACAAUUCAGUGUCAGGGACUGAAAUAUUCUUAUAUUCCAAGUUGUUGAUUGAUUUGUAAGAGUAUUACUUGAUGUAAAAUAUUAAAAUGAUGUUGGCUGGGUGGGUAAAAUAUGGUAUUAUUAUAAUCACCCUCUUAGCAGCUGUAAUACAGCACUGUUUAGAAGCAUAUAAACUGCUCACAGGGAGAGCAGGUCAAGCAAAAAUACAGUGUCCACAACAGGGGCCCAGUUUCCCAAAAACAUCUUUUUAUCAUUUAAGAAACAUCUUUGUGUUUAGAUGCUUUUGGGAAACCAAGCUGGGCUUGGUUUCAACAUAUUGUUACUGAGCCACCCAACGUAAACAAGACUUUUUAUUCACAAGCUCAGCAAAAACUAUACAAAAGAUGUCAUGUUAAUAAAAUCUGUUUGAAUUUUA